UUUAUUAAAUUAUUAUAUUUCUAUAUUAAUUAGGUUUGUGUAGAGUCGAAUCAUCGUGAUACUGAUAAAAGGAUAAAGGUUCUUUAAAAUGGCACAUACAACAACUGGGACUAACAACUUGAAAAUUUUUAACACUUUGUCAUUUGAAGCAAAAGAAGAACUUGAGGAGAAAUUGGAAAAAAGUUUGAACCUCAUUCAAAAUCUGCUUGAAAAUAUAAGUUCUGAACGAGAAGCAAAUGAUAUACUCACUAAGCAUGUUUCGAUUGGCAACACAGAGCAUGAAAGUGUGUGCAUCGGCUUGUUAUGUAAAAUACUUUCAGAUCGACAAACUGCAUCAAAGACCUUCCAAAACUUAAUGAUGGUGAACCGGGACAGUUUAAAUUGUGUUCUUUUGCACAUGAACAUCAUUAUUAUAGAAAAAUUUCGCAAACUGACUGAUGCUGCACGUAUGCAGGUAUUAUGGAUUGUGAAUGAACUUGUGCGUACCUCUGCUAAUGGAAGCGAGAACCUCUGCAUUGCUUUGAUGAAACAAAUUGUUGGUGGUGGGACUUCAGCAAAGAAUGUUUGGAUGUGUGAGAAUGUGCUUGACAUGUUAAUUAACAAUCAAGCUUGGGUGGAAAAGUCAAUUUCUCUUCUUCAAAUAACUGUUUACACUUAUCUAAGAUUGCUUCAGGAUCAUUUCCAUUCAAACUUCACAUCAUUAAGACAGAAAGAAGCAAAUUUUGUUGUUACUUUAAUGAGAGAAAAGUGGAUGGAGUGUUGUUGCAUCGGAAGGGAUCUUAUUCGAUUAAUGUCAGCAGUUGCGAGAAUACCAGAGAUUGAACGAUUAUGGUCUGAUGUUCUUUAUAAACCAGAGACCUUAUCACCAUCCUUCACUGGCGUCUUAAGUUUGCUGCAAACUCGAACUUCACGUAAAUUUCUCACAUGUCGAGUUACACCAGAUAUGGAAAAUAAACUUAACUUUAUUCUUCUCAAGGUAAGGUUUGGAAACCACAAACGCUACCAGGAUUGGUUCCAACGUCAAUAUCUUGCAACACCCGAUAGUCAAACCUUACGUAGCGACCUUAUACGAUACAUAUGUGGAUGUAUUUAUCCAUCAAAUGAAAUUUUGUCUUCUGAUAUUAUACCAAGAUGGGCUGUGAUUGGUUGGUUACUAUCAACAUGCACGUCACGCAUCGCAACCUCAUAUAGCAACCUCGCUCUUUUUUGGGAUUGGCUUUUCUAUUCCCCGGAUAAAAACAGCAUCAUGGAUAUUGAACCAGGAGUCCUGGUGAUGCAUCAGAGCAUCCGAAGUCAUCCAGCCAUCACCACAAGUUUGUUGGACUUUUUAUGUCGAACGAUGGUUGAGUUUCAUCCUCCUAUUAAUGCUCAGAUAAAACAAGGAGUUCACUUGGCAUUGAGGACAAUACUUGAAAAACGUGUCGUCCAAUCCUUGUCACCUAUUCUUGACAACCCCAAGCUUGAUAAUGAGCUUCGUGGACUUAUUCGUGCCAAUCUUAGUGAAUUUUGUUCUCUUCCAAUUGCUGAUGGCAAACCACCUUUAACCCCAACCAUACCAUUGGAGGCCUCAGAAACUUCUUUGUUACCAGGAAAACGAAGCGAUGACAUCAUAGAAGAGGAACCAAUGGUCAUUGACGAUGCAGAUGAUUCUGACAACGAAACUUUGGAAAGGAAGUCCGGUAACAAUGAUGUUGAUGUCAGUCACGACUCGAAUGCGAUCUUCAGUGACGAUGAAGAGGAUUAUGGAAAAAAAGGCACAGAUUUAAAUAUAUGGCGGGAAUCCCCUACACCAGAACCGCGAGAUAUUAACUCGGACAUGGAGAGAUUGGAUGACACACUUCGCGAUCUAAUUGGUCAGUUACAACGAGCAGAUUUAACAGAUCUUGAUGAAAGAUGUGAAAGAAUGCAAGAUAUAAUUGAUCAUGUCUUAUCUAUGGAUGAAUUCGACAACGAAGUAUCAACACCCCUCUCAUCUUGUUUAACUCAACUACUUUCUGAUCAUUUUUGUAAAUCAAUCAUCACGCUUGCUUCAUGCGACAUCACCGAUGAAUAUUUAGAGAGAUGUGUGGAGAAACCACUUUAUGUGAUUUUCCGUAACUUAUGUCAGAGUAAAAAAGACGAAGAUUCGUUUGGUGUCCUCCUCUCUCUUCUUUCAGAGAUGUACAGCAUCCAAUCUCGUUUGGGAUAUCAUCUUCUUUUCUUUUUGGCUGUCAAAAACCAAACAUUAAAUGAAGACAACAUGUUUAUAUACGAAUCCUUCGCACAAAAUACACAACUUGGUGACGUAUACAACUGUCUUAUGAUGGAUCUUAAGCAUUGUCAGGAAGAUAACAGCACCAUGCUCGUGUUUCUUGUACCCCAUGUUUAUAAAGAGUUUCCUGAACAUUGCAUUGGAAACAGUGAGUUGCUGAACAUAAUAGUUGCGGUGCUUGACCCACAACAACUAGAAGAACUCCAAUGUUUAAUUAUGAUGGGAAGUCUAUGUAUGAUGAAAAAAGAUGGGAUACUCAAUGUAUUAGUUUCAAGUCUGGAAUGGGAAAGUUUUGAGCAGUAUUGUGUGUGGCAAUUAUUCGCAGUGCACGACUUACAACCUGAUUUAGCUCUACCACUUCUACAAAAAUUAAAUUCAAAAAAUCACCCAGAAGCUCUUUCCAUGCUGUUGCUUGCAUUUCGUCAUCAAAGACCGACGCAAGAAAUGGUUAAGCACGUGAUUUCACGUCAGUUUGGUGAUGGUGACCGCUUCGCUACGUCAUUACUACGUCACUGGGCAAUAGGACACAUGAAGGAACUUGCCGAACAUCUCACUGUGUUGCUAAGUAAGAGUAAACCGAGGAACACACCACCACGAAAGGGGUUGCGGCAAAGCGUUAGAUCUUCACACAAUCUGCUUCCACCAUCUCAACCAACGAUAGCUCACAUGCUGAAUCACGUGGACAAUCUGCGAAAAUCUGGUUUGCCAAAAAGUUGCAACCUGUUUUCGCAAGAUUCGAUAAUUGCUUGCUUGGUCCAUGUACAACAGCAUUGUGACGACACAAGCAAGACACGCUUUAGUGAUUUGUUCGCUUUAGCUGACGAUUCUGAAGACGAAGUUCUGUUACGAGAUAUUCGGAACACACGUAAACGAAAUAAGUCAACUUCUGUUCAUCGCUCAAAUUCGCAAUCGCGUUCCAGAGUUACUUCACACACUGGUAAAAAAGGAUCCGAAGAAAGCGAGUCCGACAGCUUGUCGGAUGAUGACGACUUUAAAAAGAAGCGAAAGCGAGUCAAAUCAACCAACAGAACACAUGAGUCGUCAGAUAGUGAUUAAUGUAUCUUUACCUGAUGCCUGAUGGCCUCAAAAUUAUGUUGUGUUAAAUAAAAACAAUCAGUUGUCUAAAGAAAGCUGACACGCUUGGCAAUUUCUGCCUAAAUGAUGACGUUUGUCUUGAAGUAAAGAUAUUUUCAAUGGGUUGACUUGUGAAGAAUAAUAUUUACUAAUCCAACCGUGAAAUAAACAUUACGUUAGAAAAACCUCA